AUGACGCCGCCCCUCGCCCCUCGGCCCUCGCCGCACCACCUCGACCUUCGCCUCAGGCCCUGGUCCUCGCCCGCCCGCAAACCCAAGCCCUGGCCUGCCCCGAGGACCCUCGCCCCAGACCCUCCUCACGCCCCGAGCGCCGGGGUCACCCCCUGGACUCCGACCCUGGCGUGCGGCCCGGCCCUCGCCCCGCAGCCAGAGGAGGGUGGGAGGGGAGGCCGGGGAACCGGGCCGGGGGACGGUGGCUUCUCAGCCCGGGCCAGGCUAGCCACCGCGGCGGCGGCGGCGCCGGACCGACCGAGGAGGGGUCCCCAGGGGGAAGCACGCAGCACCGAGGGGUUGACGGCGGAGCGCCGUCGGGGUGUAGCGUGGCUACGUCUGUGCAACUGUAGGAAUGCAGCGCGGCUCCCCGUCGGACUAGCUGUGGGAUCCUGCGCGAGUCACUUUACCUUCGGGACUCUGGUUUGCUCCCCUGCCAGGGAUCAAGAAAUGAAGCUGAAGCCAACCUUUGCCUCAAUUCUGAGACGAGUGUAGUAAAAUGCAAAAGAGGGGGAAAAAAACAAAAAAGGAAAGGCACAGAGGUGGAACAUGGUUAAUUGCUAAACCUUUUCCCCUUUCAUAAAUCACAAGGUGCUAAUGGCAAUGUUGAAAUAAACAGGUCUAGCAAGAACUCCUGCUUUGUUUUUUUAUCUUCCGCCAGAACUUUAAAAAGAAUUCAGGUUAUUAUUUCAGGUUUAGUAAUUAUACCAACAAGGUCGCUUCCAAGCUGAAUUGUCUGCUGGUUCCCCUUAGAAAUGCUAACUUGCUUGGGCAAUGGUUUAAGGAGGGACUAUACCUUACUGGUUUAUUUAUUUUUUUUAAAGGAUUUUAUUUAUUUAUUCUUGAGAGAUAUAUAUAUAGAGAGAGAGGCAGAGACAUAAGCAU